AGCGGCCAUUUCCGGCCACCUCAGCGCUCGCCUUCCGCCGCCGCCGCCCGGCCGCGGGGUGCCGCCGCCGCCGCCAUGCUGGACAUCUUCCGCUCCAUCCCCACGCAGAUGGACUACAAGGGCCAAAAGUUAGCAGAACAGAUUUUUCAAGGAAUCAUUCUUGUCUCUGCAGUCAUUGGUUUCAUCUAUGGAUACAUCACUGAGCAGUUUGGAUGGACAGUCUAUAUAGUUAUGGCUGGUUUUGCUUUAUCAUGUCUGCUAACGCUCCCUCCAUGGCCUAUGUACCGCCGCAAUCCUCUGAAGUGGCUACCUGUCCAAGAAUUGGGAACGGAAGAUAAGAAGCCAGCAGACAGAAAGCCAAAGAGACAUACUAAAAGCUAAAGGAUAUGUUUUUUCAUGUUACAUUGUAGCAUUUAGCUUUAUUAAAUUUUUAAUACCUUUCAA